AUAAGGAGACGUCUUUCAUACGGUGCCCAAUAGGGGUGCCAUGUCUUUGUAAUCUGGUUUGUUUGUUUGUGUCCACUUAGGUCCGCAACAGAGCAAUCCGAUCAUUUGCAUAUCCAACGAGAUAAAAGUAGGCGGUUCUCAAGGUGCAGAUCACUUUCGUCUUCAUCGUCGAAAACUGUACAACAUGCCGCCAAAGACCCCAGGAAAGGCCGCCAAGAAGGCCGGCAAGGCCCGCCGUGCAGGUGGAGCCAAGAGGAGGAGGAGAAGGAGGGAGUCCUUCGGUAUCUACAUCUACAAGGUGCUCAAGCAGGUGCACCCCGACACCGGUGUCUCCAGCAAGGCCAUGGGAAUCAUGAACUCCUUCGUCAACGACAUCUUCGAGCGUAUCGCCGGCGAGGCUUCCCGCCUGGCUCACUACAACAAGCGCUCCACCAUCAGCAGCCGGGAGAUCCAGACCGCCGUGCGUCUGCUCCUGCCUGGUGAGCUGGCCAAGCACGCCGUUAGCGAGGGCACCAAGGCCGUCACCAAGUACACCAGCUCCAAGUAAACAACUUCGAACCACAAAAACCCCGGCCCUUUUCAGGGCCACCACAUAUUUCAGAAAGAAAUGUAUUAAUCACCUUGUCUUACGUAACCACCCAAUGUACGUAUGAGAGAUGACAACGCCAAGACUAUUCUAUAAAA